AUGGCACACCCACGGAUUUAUUGCUUUUUCCACCCUGUGAUUACGAAUCUGCACGACAUUUUCUUUCUGUUCUCCAAGCAAAAUAGGACUUUCAUACAGAUGAGGACCAAACUCAAAGUGGUGGACAACUCGGGGGCAAAACAAAUCAUGUGCAUACAAACUUUGAAGGGUAACAAGAAAGGAGCGAGGCUGGGGAACACAAUAGUUGCAUCAGUAAAGGAAGCUCAACCAGGUGGAAAAGUGGCUAAAGGAAAAGUUGUAUAUGCUGUUGUUGUGCGUGCCGCCAUGCAGCGGGGCCGUUGCGACGGGAGUGAGGUCAAGUUUGAUGAUAAUGCUGCAGUACUCGUCAAUAAGCAAGGUGAGCCAAUUGGAACCAGGGUAUUUGGACCUGUUCCACAUGAAUUAAGGAAGAAAAAGCAUGUCAAGAUUCUUAGUCUGGCAGAGCAUAUUGCCUGA